AUGCCUCCUGCCUCGCACGGCUCACCAUACCAAGUGUCGUCGCCUGGCACAGCGGGAACUACUACCACGCACACGCCGGUCAUCGACAACUCAGCAUGGUCACCACCAGCUCAACGGUCAAUUCCGUCCGUGCCUCAAGCAACCAGUGCGGUCACUUCAAGUGCGCCUGCGACGACAGCUGCCUCAUCUCCUGUGUCAUCAGCCUCACCCAUGACUUCGCCUGUAUCGAAUACACCCUCUACAGCGAUGCACGAGCGGCGCACGAUAUCACAGAAUCCACCACCGCUCCCUGCGCGGGUGUCGUCGCCAUUCGACAAGCCACAUGAACUGCGUCCUGCACGCUCGCAAAACCGACUACAGCGAAAUCCAGCCAUUGUUCGCGGACGUGCUGCAUCCAAUGCGUCUGACUCGUCGUAUCAGUCUCGCACGCAGCGUCCGUCGUACCCAUCUGCUCACGCUUAUGCACAGACCAGGCAGGAGAGUAUGACAAGUGACACUUCAAGCAGCAACGAUGCUCAUGUACUCGACACAAGGGCAGCUGAGCUGCCGCUCUCACCUGAUGCUUCCGUGCAUCGAAGUGCACAUGAGUCAUCGCCACCAUCAAGAACAGGCUCUGUGCGCAGCACCCAUUCUCUGCGCGUAGGACCGGUCCAUACGCCUCCGCCCAUCAUGCGAGUGAGAAGUGCUGGUGGCUUUCAUGAUGCUAGCAUGCGAGCGGCUGUCUCAUCGCCAUCGAUGGACAUAACGGCUAAUGCGGGGGCUCGAGGCCAUGCGGCAUCGUUGUCGCCUCUUAACAUCGAUGGGAAGCCGAGAUUGCCAACGUCUGUGCCGACAGAAUUUUCCUUGCUUUCGCGAGCACUUCCGAUCACACAGCGCUCUGUUUCUUCGCCCAUGCCUUCUCAGACAGCCCCACCAAUGGAGCGCGACGCUCCCAGCACCAUGUCAUCGCCACGCACGCCUGAACGCCGCCUACACUCGCAGUCUAUUGACACUUUGAUGGAAGAUGCGACGGAGCGAGAUACGUCGGUCGAGGCGUCGUCUCAAUUGCCUGGCAGUGUAGCAGAGGAGAACCGAACUGCGAUUCCAUCCACCGUGUCGUCGUCGGUAUCAUCAUCAUCGUCACCAGCGUCUUCAUUAUCACGCAGCGGAUCCGUGUCGUCCGAAUAUUCCGAGGAUGCUGAGCAAGUACCAUUGAACGAUCCCGGCAGCGCAAGUAUCUAUGACAAGGAGGACUGGCAUGCCAGCGAGCAUGAGCGCGAGAAUCAGGGCGAAGCCAGUGGCCAGCAUGCGUCUCCCAAGGGAAGCAGGGAUGGCACUGACGAUGAGACUCAUCAUGUACGCACGCAGCGCAGUGAGGAAGGCUUGGCACUUUCGUCGUCAGAAGCGUCAGAUCUUUUUGCCGCACCCAAGCUCAUCACAUCUGCACCGUCCACGACAUCUCUUGCACAACCUGUUUCCACAACGGAUGAGAAUGGGCUGCACGUGGAUCAAGGAGAAGCAGCUCUUGGAUCUACUCAUCCAUCGCCAUCCUCGCUCCCAACACCAAAAUCACAAUUCCUGACGAGUCCCCAGUCAGACACGUCGCGCAUGUUCAGCAGCCCCGUGGACGAGUUGUUCGAUGCAUUCGCUUCUGCGCUCUCAGACUUGGGGCUUGAUCAACCUGAGCCUAUGCAAGGUCUAGAGGACGUGUCUGUAUCCUAUCGCGACGAUCAGUACCCUGGCGGCUCUGAAGGCAUGCCAAGCAUGCCAUCGACGCUGGAAUCUAUGCUGCCACCUACGGGUCUCUCAUCGGCGGACCACAAGAGUGCUCCCAAUGCAGGUUCAAUACAGCAUGUGCCUACCGAGUCCAAGUCGCCAGCCCCUAGUGUGCAGCAUCUCACAACACCGAAUAUCUCUGGUCCUUCACAAGCAGCGCAGCCGUCUCUCGCAUCGAAAGACUCUGACGCAGCAGCCACAGAGACCACAGGUACACAACCCGAAAAAGUGCUCGUGUAUGGCCACAAUGUGUGGUGGCCUCACUCGUUUGAUGUGUCGACAAACCUGAACUAUGACUCCGUCGCGCCAUUGCAGCGCUCGCGUCUCUUUGCGGAUGCCGCGAAUGAUCUGUUGUCGCGUCCGUCCCACAUGGGCAUGUGGGUCCACCACGUCAAGUCUCAGCGACCUAAUCAGCCAGACGCCUUAUCGAGACUCGUCAUACAGGAUCAAUUACGGGAGCUGGAAGCUGCGUUGACACCGAGGCUCGAUGAACCUGAUGGUACGGCCAAUGUCGCUGGUGGCACCACGAGACAUGAACUUCCUCUCCCAACGAACAUCCCAUACCCUCUCCUUGCAAAAGCACAAAGUGCUGCACAUCCAAAUCCAGGGAUUUCGCUAGCUCACCAGCCGCGAUAUUCUCCGCGCAAGUCACAGGCACCAUCCUCGACGCUGGUGCAGUCAUCGACAGCGUUCUUGAUGAAUCGUUUUGAGCGCGGCAAGGAUUUUCUCACGAGCUCGGCUGCUGCCACUCCCCACUCGAACGUAACGCGGCCAUUAUCUCGCACACCAGCGCAGUCCACGCAUACUUUCACGGCACCUGCAGAUAUGAGUCGGUCCAAGUCAUCGUUGCGUAGCGCAGCCCUGCCAAUGGGUCUGGGCAUCAUGCAGCGUGCCUCUAGCCAUGCUACGUCAGCAGAUGUUCCUGCGCCUUUCUCAAUGUCGGCUCGUGAGUCAACAUCGAAUGCAGCUCUCAUACGAAUGCGCGACGCGCUCCCCGAUAUUGACGAAGCAACAGCAAAAAAUUACCUUCUACGAAGUCAGGGCGAUGAUGUUCGAGCCAUUGUACGUAUAAAAGACAACUUUAUUCCACAUGCGUGGCUGUGUGUAUGCUUACAUGUUCUGCAGUCAGAAUACAUGGCGGACCAUGCGCAGGAUGAAUCGACGCAACGUCGUAGUCUAUUCUCUCGAACGGCGCGAACACGGUAA